AUGUUGAGAUAUCCAGCCCACGGCAGCGCCACGUCAAACGUGCUGGCCUGGAGCUCCCACUCCGCAAACGUCGAAUCUGUCGCCGAGGAGGACGCCGCAGCCGACGCCGACGAGCCACCAGAUUCGACCAUGGCGAACAACAGCAUGACACCCCAGUUCAGGAGGGCAUCCGUCACCAAGGCCAGAGAGCAUCACGCCUCGCUCCUGACACAGGCCCUGCAAAGCGCUUCCGAGGGCGAGUCGCCUGAUAGCACUCCCGUUGCCGCCGCCUCGCGACGACGACGAUCCAUCACCAGCCAGAUCUCGCUGGCUUCCACGGCUGACCUGACCAGCGACACUGGCAUGAGCACCCCAGCCAGGACCAACACUCCCAGCCCUCGCCUCCCGAGCAUUGGGUUCGCCGCUCUCCCUAUGGACAAGCACUAUGCCGCAUCCGGCAUACAGAUCAUCGGCUCUCUGCCGAGGAGAUCCACGCUCACGAACACGGCCAACGAGCAGGCGCCAAAGCCCACGGAAGCACCCAAGGAUCCCGCCGUUGAGGCUAUCGCGAAGAAGCGUUGCAUCUCCUUCGCCUGCACUGCAAAGCCAAGGGACGAAGCGCCAAAGGCCCCGGCCCCGGCUCCGGCUCCGGCCGUCGCUCAACCUGCCCAGCCGAGGAAGACAUGCAUCAAAUUCGCCUGCACAGCCCGCCCGAGUACCCAGCAGACCCCGCCACAGAAGCCGCGCCUGGAGACGUCGAAGCUGGAAGAGAGUGGUUCUCUCUCAACUGUGGUCAACAAGUCACCUUCCACCGCGAGGAAGGCUCGCUCACCUGUUGCUCCUCGGGUCCGGCCAUCUCCUCGGAGAUCCGCACAGUCACCUGUUGCCACUCGCAAGACAAAAUUCAUCACGGCGAACUCCAAGGACCUGCAAGGUGAAAUCUGCCACUUUCAUGAAUUUGCCAGUGACCAUCCCACCGAGGAAGACUGGAUCCGCCAGGAGAAGUGCAUCGCUAAGGCCAGACUUACCAUGGACGACCUGCUCAAGAAAGAGAAUGACAUCCGUCGACUCGGCAAGGAGGCAGAAGAGGAAGCCGAGCAGGAAGAAGCAGAGGAGGAAGGCGAAGAGGCUCUCGAUGAGGACGACGAGGACGACGAGGAGAAUGGCGACGAUGAGGACGACGAAAUUGUCGAAGAGGAAGAUGCUGAGGAGGACGAACAGUCUGGAUAUGGCUCGGAUGACGACUUCUCGGAUGGCUACAACACCGACGAGGAGUACGGGUUCGCCGAGUCUGACGACGAAGAAAACGACGGACUGCACCUCUGGACGUUCAACGUACACCAGGCUAGAGCAUCCGAUGCCACCCCGGUCUUCCGGCCUUGGUCUCUGGGCGACCACCACUCGGACUCUUCGACUGGCUCUAGGAAACAUAUCCGGGGCAAGCACUCGCAGUCUCGACUUACCGGCCGGCCCAUGACCCCAGAACUGCCCGACAGCACCGACUUCGUAUGUGGUACGAUGGACGAGGACAGGCCGCUGGAGGAAGCCUACCUGACACGACUGGCCGCUCGCAAGCAGGAGAAGCUCCGCAUCAUCCCCCAGGAUAUCGAUCCCAGUUUUCCUACCUCUGAGCCUGAGGACGAGGAUGAGGAAGACACCAAGCACAGCCAUGGCAGCGGUGACCAUCUGUGGUUGCAUGGUGAGCUUGAGGAGCUCGAGGAGGAGAGGGCUGACAGACGCCACCGGAGGGGCGAGAACGCCUCUCCCAAGAGGCUUCGCUCGCCUCCACCCAAGCGACUCCGCUCACCCCCACCCAAGGCUCGUGGUCGAUCUCCUCGGCGGCUCUUCGAUCGCUCUUCGCCUAAGCGCAUCAAGUCACCCGCUCCAGCACAUGGCCCGAAGUCACCUCGAGCGUCGCCCACUCAUGCCGAAAAGGUCAUGGGCUUCAAGUCACUGGCUUCCCGACCGGGACUCACCCACACCAAGUCUCUGCCCCGUGCCGCCUACUUUCCGGCGCAGGUCAAGUCAGGCAAGAGGACCAGGGCCAACACGGUGAACAGGGACAACGCCCAUGUGCGAGGCGCCAUUGACAUUGUCAAGGGCCUGGAACACAAGCGCCAGCGCAGAAAGGAGAAAUUUUACCAGAAAUACUGCAAUCGUGCCCGCAAAGGGCAGAUUCCUGAGAAGAAGGCUCAGCCGGGAGAGGGAGCUGAGAGGAUGCGAGAACUUGGAUUGAUACUGGCCGGUAAGAUGGGCCAGGGCAACUAUGUCAUUUCCAUCUAG